UGAUCAUGAAGGAUCUGUGUUUAAAGGAGGCUGCACUGCACUGCAAACUACUGAUGCUUCGGGUUCAUGAUUAACGGCAACUCCCCUACGUUUUAACUCUGACCUCUGGCAGGCAGAGAAAAUUUUUAGAAAGACGAAGAGAGGGAGAGCAGCAGGAGGUGGGAUUGCAGGACUUCUUGUUCCAGACAAACAGCAGGAGCUCUUCAAACCAGGACGGACUUGGCCAGACUUUGCAGAGCCACUAACACGCUACGUCUUCAGAUAACAAUAUCUUUCUGAUUUGGCUUUUGAAGCAAUGUGCAGCUGCUGAAAGCAGAGAGAGAGAUACCAAACAAAUCUGAAGACGUUAGAAAACCAAAAAAGAGGAAGAAAAGGUACAAAAACCAAAAGAAAUUAAGAUCCAAGAGUCAAGCUGCAGCCAGUCGGAGCCAGUGGAAUGGACCCAAGUGCAAGUUGGAUCAACCCCCAAGUACCCACACUGCUGUCCGAGGAAGAGGGCUGAGGAUCUGCUGCAACGACUAACCCCUGAAUGAGGAUGAAUGGAGAUGUCCUUUAGAUAAACCUACAAUCAACAAGUUUGCAAACUCUUCCGUGCAAGCUGGAGGAGCACUAAGAGCUGGAAGUUGUUGGAGAGGAGUGAGGGGCGCCUCUGGCCCGCAGCGGAGGGAGGCCGACCGACCGCGGAGACAUUCACAGCUGCAAGAGGGACGCCACGGAGGGGGAGAAGUGGCGGGCGUCAGGUGUCGCAUGGCCGUGCAGAGGCUGGUGGCGGCAGCAGUGGUGGUAGCCCUGCUGUCCCUGGUGUUAAACAAUGUUGCCGCCUUCACCCCCAGCUGGGUUCUUCAGGCGCUGGAGGACGGACGCAAGCGGAGCGUGGGACUCUGGAGAAUGUGCCCCGGCGGGGCGGAAAGGGGACGGGAUGAGCUGCCCGCUGGGAGUAAGGGGCAGGGGACGCAGAGGCAGUGCGAGAGCAUCGGAUGGGGCUCCGAGUACGCAGGUUAUCAAGAGUCCCGCAGUACUGUUAAAUUGCAGUUCAACAUGAUGCGAGCGUGCAACCUGAUGGCGACCGUGGCCCUGACUGCUGGUCAGCUCAUCUUCCUUCUGGGCUUGAUGGAGCUGCCCUUCGUUACACAGGAGUCCCAGUGGUGGGAGGAAGCCAUAGCUGCACUCUUCCAGCUAGCCAGUUUUGUGCUGGUAAUUGGACUCGUGACCUUCUACCGGAUCGGGCCUUACACACACCUGUCCUACUCCUGCUAUGUGGACAUAGUGGCGUGCCUUCUGGCCACACUGGCCGCAGCCAUGCUAAUCUGGAACAUUCUACACCGGCGUGAUGACUGCCUGGCUCCUCGAGUUAUAAUCAUCAGUCGCUCGCUCGCGUCACCUUUUCACCCACGCCUCAACAACGACUACGUGGAGUCUCCAUGUUGAAACUUGGUGAACGGAGACAAAAAGGACUAAUCGAAGGACAUGAGAACUACUUUCUCCAACAUAACUGUGUUAGUCCGAAUACUAAUUAUGACUCUCAGGAGAAAAAAAGGGGUUUUCUGUGGCUCCACAAGCAUGUACCUGCUACUGUACACGGUUUCUUUUACUCGUUAGAAUUAUUCUGCUGCUUUGAGCACAGGAGUCAAAUAUUUAACUAAAGUAAUGUAUUAGGAAGUCCGUAAGCUAAACAAAUACAAACCUAAUGACACUUCUUCACAUAUUUACACUUGGGUGAGCUGGGAGCAAAUAUGACAUGGACUUAUGGACACCACCUUUAGAAGAAGAUCAAGCUGGACCUUGACCCUUGUGGCAAACAGGAGCUUUUUGAAUAACUCCCUUCAUAAUUUAAUUUGGAAAUAAAUACACCACAUUACCUCAUAUUUGUGUCUUAAAAUUCAUACAAUUGAAAGUGAAUAUCCUAUAAUGAAUAUGAAGUUUUUGUUUCUUUU